UUGCUUCAGCAGUGUGCAGCAGCGAUAGCGGAUGUAGCUUAGCCUGGCAUGUAGAUUUCUGGGCGAUUUGUACAAUAUUAAAAUGGUAUAAAACAGCGAUCAACCAGUGACAUAACGUGCCUUCUUGGAUUGCUUUUAAAGCCACAGUUUUUAUUUUUAAAGGGGGUUAAAUGCCAUGUGGCGUUGUGUAGCUGGCGGCCAUUUGUGAUGUCUCAUGCUAGUUAGCAGUUGUGGCUAACAAAAACAUCGGAGUGGGUGACAGCAGCUGACAGGCAGCAGUGCAGAAAGUGUGAAUGAACUGUAGAAGAAUGGACAGACACUCAGAAGCAGCCUCAGAGCGGAUUCUCCUGGAGCCGUAUAAAUACCUGCUACAACUCCCGGGCAAACAGGUGCGGACUAAGCUGGCCCAAGCCUUCAACCACUGGCUCCAAGUACCAGAGGACAAAUUGCAGGUGAUCAUUGAAGUGACAGAGAUGCUGCAUAAUGCCAGCCUGCUGAUUGACGACAUUGAGGACAGUUCAAAGCUACGGCGCGGUUUCCCCGUGGCCCACAGCAUUUACGGCGUGCCCUCCGUCAUCAACUCCGCCAACUAUGUCUACUUCCUGGGUCUGGAGAAGGUCCUGACGCUAGACCAUCCCGAGGCCGUCAAGGUAUUUACUAGUCAGUUGUUGGAGCUACACAGAGGACAGGGGCUGGAUAUAUUCUGGAGGGACACCUACACCUGUCCCACUGAAGAGGAGUAUCGAAACAUGGUGCUGCAGAAGACUGGAGGGCUCUUUGGGUUAGCCGUUGGGCUAAUGCAACUGUUUUCUGAAUGGAAACAUGACCUUAAACCACUUUUGGAUACACUAGGGCUGUUUUUCCAGAUUCGGGAUGAUUACGCUAACUUAAGCUCAAAGGAGUACAGUGAAAACAAAAGCUUUUGUGAAGAUUUGACAGAGGGCAAGUUCUCCUUCCCAACUAUCCACGCUAUCUGGUCCUGUCCCGAAAGCACACAGGUCCAAAACAUUUUACGACAGAGGACAGAAAACAUGGAUAUAAAGAAGUAUUGUGUGGAUUAUUUAGAGAAAGUGGGAUCCUUUGCGUAUACAAGAAAAACUCUAUGGGAUUUGGAGGCAGAGGCCUACAGGCUGAUUAAAGAGCUAGGAGGGAAUCCACAGCUGGAGAGCCUGGUCAAACUACUCAGUCAGAUGCACCACGAGGCCAGUGCUCAAGCUGAUGCAGCAGGGGGCAACACUGAGCAGCAAAAACUGUGACCUUACAACUCACUGUUACAGAAAGAGGCAUUUUACACGCUCCAAAAACAGUUCUGUAUCACAUGAAAUCUUAUUUGUAUGGAUUGUGCGCAAAUUAAUUGCCGAUACGUCC